AAGAAGCUAACAGCUAACACUAGCUUGUGUUGAGCCAGCGGUAAGAGCUGAGCUGGUGGUCGACUCUACACACGACCUAGCGUGGGCUAUAACAGCUGCUUCACCAAGUAUUAAACGUUUGUUGCAGGAAAAACUACUCACGUUAAUACCGACACAGGUGUCUGGGAAGGAUCCACGAUGUUGAACCCUACCAAUGGCGACCCGAGCCACGUUGUUGUGAAUUAUGUUGAGGAGUAUUUGGACCUGGUGGAGUCCCUACCCUUUGACCUGCAGAGGAGUGUGUCCCUCAUGAAGGAAAUUGAUGCUAGGUAUCAAGAUGUUCUAAAGGAGCUUGAUGAUGCUUAUGAACGAUAUCGCCGGGAGUCUGACACACUUCAGAGACGAAAGCUUCAGUUAUCCAUUCAGAGAGCGCUGAUCCGCAGUCAAGAGCUUGGAGAUGAGAAAAUCCAGAUUGCCGGGCAAAUGGUCGAGUUAGUUGAGAACCGAACACGACAAAUCGACUGGCAUUCUGAACUUCUCCUUUCCUCUCAAGAAGUCCCUGAGAGUCACGUUCCCACAGCAACGUCGUUGACAACUAAUACAGCAUCCAUGAUGUCGUCGUCGUCGUCAUCAUCAGCCACCGUUACUCCAGGCAAAACCGGCCACCACGACAAGAAGCGCGACGAGGUCACCCCAGGCUCCGGGGGCGGAGAUAAAGCCGGAGGUAAACGCUCAAGACGUCAGAAAAACGGAGAAAACCGGGAAAGUUACAGUGGUCUGGAUCACGCAGAGGAAACAGGAGUUGGGGCAUCCCGGGAAAAGAGAGCCAAAACCUCUUCAAAGAAGAAGAAAAGGUCAAAAGGAAAGUCUGAGAGAGAAGUGUCACCCCCAGACCUGCCCAUCGACCCAGAUGAGCCGACAUACUGCCUGUGUGAGCAGGUGUCCUACGGUGAGAUGAUCGGCUGUGAUAACGAUGAAUGCCCUAUCGAGUGGUUUCAUUUCUCCUGUGUUGGGCUCCAUCAUAAGCCCAAAGGCAAGUGGUACUGUCCCAAGUGUCGGGGAGAGAACGAGAAAACCAUGGACAAGGCCUUAGAGAGGGCCAAGAAGGAAAGGGCUUACAACAGGUAGCUCGCUCCAUCCGGCCCAAUGAACACUUCUGCGUAAAAAUUGUAUUUUAUGUCUCGUCUUUGUUUCCAUUUUGUUUCUGUCAAUACUGUUAACAAGAGUAAUGAUUUCAUGAGAGGGAUGUUGUAAAUAGUUAUUUUUAUAACUGCAGCAUAGCUAAGAAACAAGACUGCUGCAUCCUGGUUCUGAUUAUUGUUAUCAAAGGACACAGUACAGUACAACGUGCAUGUAACUCACAUCCUCUGUUUUCAUCAUGCAUGCAACAGCACCCACGCGGUUAUAUAUGCUCAAUAAACAGAAUGUUUCUAAACAAAGAAUUUUAGAAUGUUUUUGACAACAUAAAGAGUGAAGAAUAUUUUCUAUCACUUUGUGGAUUAGCAGAAAGUAGCAUACAUUCCAUGGGCACUUGUUUUUAAAGUAGCUUUAAUAUUUUUUAUAAUAUUGUAUCUAACAAUGUGAAGGGGUCAUUGUAGGAAUGAAACUACAGAUCAUCACCCGAAUCUGCAACACGACUCUUUACAGAGCAGAAGCAAUAUCCGCUCAUUGUUUAGCUGUCCCGCCCUCAACUUUAAUGUUUGGGUUCACUCUAAGUCUUUAGCAGCAACAAAGGGCUAUAAUGCCAUUGUUCAUUACCUGCUCAGCACCAAACAGCCUUCAUUUGUCAAAGACUUGAAUACAUUUGUAGUGAGUUCUAAGUAAGCCAUGAAAGAUCACAUCUUAAUGACAACUUGACACUGGUGCUGAACCGUGUUAUACCAUAAACUUCAAACUAUACAAUUUUGAUAGUGGCAUAUCUGGCCUGUUUAAUACCUAUACCUAUGAGUGGAAACACCUGCAGCUCAGCAGUACAAUUCUCCAGUCCUUUCAAAUAGUCGUGUAUAAUCACUUUGCCUUUAACGAGAGGUCACAACUCCAUGUUGCGAGUGUGAAUUUAACCAGUUUACCUUAUAGGCAGUGUCUCAUUUGUGGGUUAUCUUGACAUCAAUAU